AUGAUCCAACCUGAAACCACUUUUGAUGAGCUAUGGAAGGUCGCAAAAAACAGAACUUGUCUNCCACCAACUGGUUUGAGCAAGAGUCCUCUAGCCCCUUGGCUCUGUUGGAACCUNUGGAAAUCNCGUAAUGAUGUAGUCUUUNAUAACAAGAGUAACUCAGAGUUGGAGGUUUUAUCUAAAUCAAUACGGGAGGCCAGAGAAUGGCAAGACAAACAAGAGCGUAAACCCAAACCCUCGAUAGAUUUGGUGGCUAGAAGUGAAGAUGAGAUUGUUGUGGAAGUAGUUUGCCAAACAGACGCGGCGUGGAAAGAAGAUCACCAUAUUGCUGGUUUGGGGUGGAUCUUUAAAAAUCAGGACCAUCACACACAAAAGCAAUUCUCAGAGACUACGACUCAUGUCUCCUCACCACUCAUGGCNGAAGGUCUAGCCAUCCGCACAGCCCUUCUAAAGGCUGUAGAAGAAGAUAUAAGGACUAUCUCGGUAGAAUCCGACUCCUUUCAAAUGAUACAAGCCAUCUCGACAGGNUCAANCGUUUCNAAACUCCAUGGUAUCNUCUACGAUAUCAUGACUCUAUCCAAACUGUUUAUGUAUAUUUCUUUCAAGUUUAUCCCGCGAGCAGCAAAUGUAGUUGCUGAUUCCCUUGCGAAGAAAGCAUUGUAUAACUCUGUUUCUUAA